AUGAAGUUGCCACAUCAAUAUGAGAGCAUCUCAGUCAUUGAUGUUGUUGAUGAGGUAGAAGGCGCAAUUGAGAUUAAGAUGGAAGAAGAAUGCCUUGGUGAGGCUUUGGCGGCUAUAUUGGUAGAUCAUUUGUUGAAUGACCUAAGGGAACACCGACAAGCCAUUGGGUGUACAAUAGCGGACAUCUGGGGGAUUCCCGCCGGAAUUUAUGAGCACAAGAUACAAUUGGAGAAAGAAAGUAAACCUAGCGUGGAGAAUCAAAGAAGGUUAAACCCUUCCAUACAAGAGGUAGUGAAGAAAGAAAUCAUCAAGUGGUUAGAUGUCGGGGUAGUCUACUCCAUUGCCGAUAGUUCUUGGGUGAACCCGAUGCAAUGUGUACUGAAGAAAGGAGGCAUGACCGUGAUCCAAAACGAGAAUAGUGAGCUCAUCCCAACGAGAAAUGUGAUUGGAUGGAGAGUUUGUAUGGAUUACCGGAAGCUCAAUGAUUUUGAGGAACUGAAAGAAAAGCUUACCACGGCACCUAUUAUUGUUACACCCGAUUGGUCCCUUCCAUUUGAACUCAUGUGUGGCGCCAGUGGUGUAGCUAUUGGGGUGGUGCUUGGACAACAACAUAACAAAAUCCUUCACCCUGUCUACUAUGCAAUCAAGACACGCAAUGGUGCUCAAAUGAAUUAUACUGUGACAAAGCAAGAACUUCUUUCCAUUGUCUAUGAUUUUGAAAAAUUGUGGGCCUAUUUGUUGGGGUCCAAAGAUCGAAAAGGGACGGAAAAUCAAGUUGUGGAUCACCUAUCUAGGCUUGAAGAGGCAGGGAGGCCAAAAGAGAACCUUGAAAUCAAUGAUGCCUUUCCAGAUGAGCACAUAUUGGCAUUGUCUAACACGUUCGCUCCUUGGUAUGCCGAUGUUGCGAACUUUUUGGUUAGUGACCUUGCUCCCGAUGUAUUGGAAGCUUAUCAAAAGAAAAAGUUCUUGCAGGAGUGUAGGCAAUACUAUUUGGAGGAGCCUUUUUUGUUCUGUAUUUGUUCCGACAACAUCAUUCGGCACUGUGUUCCGAAAGAUGAGGUAAUGCCAAUUCUCAAGGCAUGCCAUGACUCCCUGGUUGGGGUCCAUCAUGGAGAAAACCGGACGGCGGAAAAAGUGCUUGAAUGUGGCUACUAUUGGCCAUCGAUCUAUCAUGACGCAAAUCAAAUCGUUAAGGCAUGCGAUCAUUGUCAAAGACAAGGGUCAAUUUCUAAAAGGCAUGAGAUGCCUAUGAAUUUUAUAAUGAAUGUCGAGAUCUUUGAUGUGUGGGGGAUCGACUUCAUAGGUCCAUUUGUGAGCUCUUAUGGCAUGACAUAUAUCUUGGUGGUUGUGGACUACGUCUCCAAAGCCAUCCUUAGUGAUGGUGGUUCUCACUUUUGCAACAAGGCUUUCACCGGGCUGCUCGAAAAGUAUGGCGUAAAGCACAAGGUGGCUACACCUUAUCAUCCUCAGUUGAGUGGUCAGGCUGAAGUUUCCAGCAGGGAGAUUAAAAACAUCCUAGAAAAAACUGUCAAUACAAACAGGACCGACUGGUCAAGGAAGCUAGAUGAUACGUUGUGGGCAUAUCGCACAACAUUUAAGACCCCCAUUAGCACCUCACCGUACCGGUUGGUUUUUGGUAAGGCAUGUCACUUGCCUGUGGAGCUUGAAAACAAAGCCAUGUGGGCUCUGAAAAUGUUGAAUCUUGACUAG